AUGAAUAUAAACCCGGAGGCGGCGAAGGAUAUUCCUUGUAAAAACGUUACGAUAUAUGGUUUUUGCAAGUACGAGAAGAAGGGAUGCGUGUUUAGUCACGACAAUGCAGGACUGGGAACGAACUCAUCGAGCUCGAAGUCGAGUAACACGGGCCAAAAGACCCUCCCCAGCAAGCAUAGCUCGAUUGAUUCUAAUUCUGAGGCUGCUAGUAUAAAAAGUCCCAACGGAACUACCAGUAGUGAAUCUGGAACCACGAAGAAGAAAUUCAAUGCCAGCACACCUUCAUUUCAACCCUCCGUGCAGAGCAUCACCAACAAAUUUUCGUCAUUAUCCCCUAAGUUGAAGGACCUCCCACUGUUCGUGCCGGCCAGUCUUGAGCUGCGAGAAGAAUCUUCUACCCCACCAGCACAGACGAAAAAGUUCAAUGCAGCAGCCACGCCGUCGUUCACUCCAUCGUAUGAGGGCUCGGCUCGGUUCGCUGCGUCCACAGAACCCCUGAAACUGGUAUUUUCCCCCCUGAUGCACGCUUCUCUGUCUUUGAUAGGUACGAACCAGCAGCAGCCAAAACCUCAGCAAAAUCCAUACCUCGCAGGUCCCACACCGACAACUCCUCUUGGGGGAAUGGGAAGUAUGACAGGCAACCUGGGUUCUGACUUCAUGUUUUCUGGUACUCAAGCAGCUCCAACGUAUCCACUUAACCACCAUCUAUACGCCCCAGCUCCACCUCCACGGCUCUCUUUGAAAGAGCACCAGACAAAUAUCAACGAUAUGUUUAUACCGAACAACCUUCGUGAAGAGCUUUUGAAGAGAAACGAAGCCACCUUACAGACUGUUGCCCUGCUGACCCUUCCGGAACAUGUUGGCGAGUACCACUCUUUGGUUCCCAUGGAUACAACUUUCACUCAGCCUUCGAAGGUUUACAACUUCCCUAGCUAUGUGUACAAAGCAAUGUCCAACGUCACCGGACUUCCAUACGCUAUUCGCAGAAUUGACUUGAACAGUGAGGUUCACUUUUCGCAAGACAUCAAAUUGCAUAAAUUGGCAAGAUGGAAAAAGUUGCAGAAUCCCAACAUUGCAAGACUCCACGAUGCAUUCACAACAGUGGCCUUUGGCACGUACGGCGAACCCGUUUUAUGCGUUGUAUAUGACUACUACCCACUCGCUAAUACGUUGCAAGAACAACAUAUAACCAGAAAAUUGGGAGGGAAGUUGGAACCUAUCACCGAGAACUUACUCUGGUCUUACAUCAUUCAGAUGGCCAAUGCUCUUUUGGACCUUCAUGAAAAUAAACUCUAUGCGGGAUCUUCUAUAUCAUUAUCAAAGAUCCUCAUAACGAACAAGGGCAGAUUGAGGUUGGGCGCUGUUGGUGUGGACGAUGCCUUGACCCUUAAAGAGACAAAUUCUACCGAAAGAGACGAAGAUACAAUAAUGCAACAAAACGAAGAUUUAAAACAUUUUGUGGAUGUUAUUCAUGAGUUGAUUAGGGCCACGUUACCUUUUAGUGUUCGGAAUGAGAGCUUUGAGCAAGUUCUCGACCAGUUGCACAAUCUAUCGACUGUGCCAUACAGUGAAGAGCUCGUAAAUGCUCUCAAAGGACUAACUAAACUUGGAAAAGGCCAAUCCUUGCAGGAUUAUUUCAAGGAACACCUUGCUCUCCGUUCCCUCAAAGUGCUCAGUGGCCUCGAGGAUCAGGCUGACUUCAUGGAAAGCCAGCUCUCUUCGGAGCUUGAAAAUGGCCGUCUUUUCCGCCUCAUGACCAAGAUAGAUUUGUUGGUAAACUUACCCGAGAAGGAAAGGACGGAAAAUGGAACGUUUUAUGUGAUCAAAUUAUUUCAUCAAUUUAUUUUCAAUUCUUACGAUGAGUACGGCAAGCCGGUGGUGGAUCUUUCGAGAAUCCUUGUCAACUUGAAUAAGCUUGAUGCUGGGGUUGACGAGAAGAUCUUGCUAAUAUCGGCCGAGGAAGACAGUUGUAUAAUAGUGAGUUAUAAAGAAGUGAAGGGCAUCAUUGAGCUGACGUUUCGUGGUGUUUUUCGCUAG